GUAUCCUCCUUCGAACGUUCGGGUUCGUCCAAUCGCGGGAAAAAAGGAAGGGACGCGGGGCCAAUCAGCUUUCUGGGUUUGAACGGCGGUAGCCAAUCAGGGGAGAGGAGGUGAAAAUGCUGGAGGUCUGUUUCUAGAGUGUGUGUUGGGGAUGCGUUGAGCCAGAUGGAGCCAGACUGCAAGCGCCGGAAGACUGCAGAGCCCAAUGAUCCCUCUGGGUGGGAAGUGCUGCCAGUUCUUUCGGAGAGGGAAUCUCAGGGAGUCACACUAAUGCCAGUUUAUGUUGCUCCAGUGUUGGAUAAGAAGGAGGCGUGCCGGGUAGUGAAGGAGGUCUCCGCUGUCUAUCCACUGGGAGACCACCCUCACCUGAAGCGCAUCCGUGCCUGUGUCUCUCCGAACAGCCCACAUCCACUGGAAAUCAUCUUGUGCCUAGCAAGCUCCAGGCAAGAGCAAGAUGGCUUGCGGUCUCUCUCUGAACUUUUCCCCAGUGGCCAAGUGGACCUGCGUGGCUUAGGAGAACCCUUCUUAGCCUUGGUCCCAGUUCACCCGCCGUUGACCCGUCCCCAGUAUGAGGAAGCUGCUUCUCACUGGCCUGUCACUUUCCAUGAGAACAAGCGCAUCACUCAAGCCAUCAGCGGGAGCCUCUUCACUCCUUUGGAGAAGGCCGCCAUGCAAAAACACAUGGAGCUGGCCAUCCAGGUGGCAGAACAGGGGGCAAAGAAGGGCAUGAAGCCAGUAGGUGCUGUGGUGGUUGACCCAAUCUCUGGCAGGGUUCUGGCUGUUGGGCACGAUUGCCGGGAUGGCUUCAACCCAUUGCUCCAUGCUACCAUGGUCUGCAUUGACUUGGUGGCCCACAGUCAAGGAGGUGGGGCAUACUGCUACAAAGACUACCCCGCUUGCACUUUCCUUGAGCUGGACCACCAAUCGGAUCGUUCUUCCUCUUCUGGCAAUGGGAUCCCCUACAUCUGCACCGGCUACGACAUGUACUUGACGCGGGAACCCUGUGCCAUGUGUGCGAUGGCUCUAGUGCACUCACGGAUUGAGCGGGUUUUCUAUGGGGUGCCAUCCCCUCACGGUGCCCUGGGGACCAAGUUCCACAUCCACAGUCGCAAAGACCUCAACCACCGCUAUGAGGUGUUUCGGGGCGUCUUAGAAGGACGGUGCUGGAGCUUGACGCAGGUUCCUGUUCUCAAGGAAUCAGUGAGAGACAGUCCUUAAAGUGCUUUCUUUGUACUUUUUUUUAAAAUAAAAAUUUAUUUUAACAACA